GACGUCUUGCAUCCAGUUACAGCGUCAUACAUCUUUUAAGACAAUGUUACGAUCGGCUGCAACCGCUGUCCUUACUAAGGCAUUUAGGACAAAUUGCCAACUCUUGCCACGUGUGACGACAAGUGUAUCCCAGCAGCGAUGGAUCAUGUCUGCCACUGCACAGGACCAGGAUGAGAAGGUGUGGACAGGGCAGGAGAGCCUGGCUGACUCGGACCCUGACAUGUGGGGUCUGCUGCAGAAGGAGAAGGACAGACAGCUCCGAGGACUGGAACUCAUCGCUUCCGAGAAUUUCUGCAGCAAGGCGGCCCUGGAAGCUCUGGGUUCCUGUCUGAACAACAAGUACUCUGAAGGGUACCCAGGACAGAGGUACUACGGAGGUGCAGAGAUUGUGGACCAGAUUGAGCUCCUGUGUCAGCAGCGAGCCCAGCAGGCCUUCCGUCUGGACCCGGAGCGGUGGGGAGUGAACGUCCAGCCCUACUCCGGCUCUCCCGCUAACUUUGCUGUCUACACUGCAUUGCUGAACCCACAUGACAGGGUCAUGGGUCUGGACUUGCCUGAUGGUGGACAUCUCACCCAUGGUUUCAUGACUGACACCAAGAGAAUCUCUGCAACCUCCAUCUACUUUGAAUCCAUGCCAUACAGGCUGAACCCCCAGACAGGUCUGAUUGACUAUGACAAGCUGGAGGAGACAGCGCGACUAUUCCGUCCACGGAUGAUCAUCGCGGGAACCAGCGCCUACGCCAGGCUGAUCGACUACAAAAGGAUGCGAGAGAUCUGUGAUGAGCACGGUGCCUACCUGUUGGCAGACAUGGCGCACAUCUCAGGCCUGGUGGCUGCUGGGGUCAUCCCCAGCCCAUUCGAGUACGCUGAUGUCGUCACAACUACCACUCACAAAACCCUGCGAGGGGCAAGAGCUGGCCUGAUCUUUUUCCGCCGCGGGGUCAAAGGUCAGAACAAGAAGACGGGGAAGGACAUCAUGUACGACUUUGAGCGCAGAAUCAAUUUUGCCGUGUUCCCAUCUCUGCAAGGAGGUCCCCACAAUCAUGCCAUCGCUGCUGUGGCUGUGGCACUAAAACAGGCGCAGACACCCAUGUUCCGUGAGUACCAGGAACAGGUGAUGAGCAACACCAAGGCCAUGGCCGAGUCUCUGAUGUCCAAAGGCUACAAACUAGUCUCAGAUGGCACAGACAACCACCUUGUUCUAGUGGACCUGCGUCCGAAGGGCAUCGACGGAGCUCGUGUGGAGCGGGUGUGUGAACUGGCCUCCAUCACCUGCAACAAGAACACCUGUCCUGGGGACAAGAGUGCGCUCACACCUGGAGGACUCAGGCUGGGAGCUCCAGCGCUGACGUCACGUUGUAUGAAGGAAGACAACUUCCGUCAGGUGGUGGACUUUAUUGACGAGGCUGUGCAGAUUGGUCUACAGGUCAAGGACAAGACUGGUCCCAAGAUGGUGGAUUUCAAGAAGUUCCUCCUGGAAGAUGAAGAGACUGUUGGCAGGAUCUCUGACCUGCGUGCUCGUGUGGAGAGUUUCGCUCGCACAUUUCCUAUGCCAGGCUUCGAUGACCAUUAAGUCAUCACUGUAAAACAUAUUCCUUUUUUUCAUGUUGAAAAUCAGUACCACAAAUCUUGAUAAUUUCUAAUGAAAUACUUUAACAGAACACUACAUUUUACUUUAAAAACAAAACAUGAAAAAGUAUGCAAAAAUUUUAAUCUGAAAAGGAGAUAUACUUGUGGAAACAGAGUUACUUUUUCUCCAUUCCUUUUUGUUAGUGCAGAAGAUGUGGUUGGGUGAGAGUACAGAAUAGUCAGCCGUGGUCUACUACUCUACUUUAGUUUGGCUUUCUGUAAAGUGGGAUGAAUUUUUUUUUUUUUUUCAAAGGUAGUGGUUUAAGUUUGAGUUGCCAUAAAGUUUUCCUGACGGAUAUCAAAAUGAGUUACAUUAGACUGAAGACUUGCAAAGCUAUUUACUUGCCUUAUUGAAAUUGAUAAGUCCUCCAGCCCGAAAGAUCCCUCAGUGUGAAAAAGGUGAUAAAGAUGUUUAAACAAGAAGAAUAAGAAAAACUAUUUUGUUCUCAGAAGGAACAAAAAAAAUUUUUGACCUGAUUCUAAGAUGAGUGAAAUAAAAUGCAAACAUGGCCUCUACAAACAUCUUCUUCAAAUUUAAAAUUUGAUGUAAAAUUGUAUAUAUAAAUAUGGUCCCUGGAUGUUGGGAUAUCCGUGACUUACGAUUGGCCGAUUCCUACAUGUACACAUUGUACAUGUAUCUCAAGGAAAAUCUGUGAGUGUGUUGAUUGGCUGCACUCUUGACCAAUCAGCUUGAGGGAUAUUAGUGUUGCUUUUUCCACUGCUCUACCAAGUAUAAUAUGUCAGGCAUUUCAAAACCCUAGCCCUUUUUUCUUGAAUUCUUGGUCAGUGGUAUACUAACUGUAUUAUUUAUUUAUUUAUUAGUUACUUAUAUUAUUAGGACAGACAGUCCAUUUAGUAAUGUUAGUUCCCUAUAUAACAUGGUUUGACAUGCAACAUGGCCAACUCCACUGCAGUUCUACGAAAGCUUUGGAAAGUAUAAUUUGCAUGGACAUUUAUUUAAAGUAGAAUCUAGAAAUACAACUUGUUUUUCAAAACGGACCUUACAAACACUAUACAUGAACUAAUACAGCUACAUAUUGUAUCUACUUUAUGUACAAAGAGAAUUAUGGAUAUUUAAACAUGUUAAGAUAUGGGUAUUGGUAGUUAUUAAUAUUUAGUUAGGUGUGUCGACAUGACAGGUGUAUUUGGGUAGUGCCAAAGGUUGCCAUUGUCUGCUCUUUGUAGUUUAGAAUAGUUCAAGCAACAAUAACAGAAUGUGUCAUUGUACUGAGUAUGUAUACUGUAUAGCAUGGGUACCUUAGUAUUACCACACAUACUAAGCUAAUUAUACAACCUAAUUUUGAGAGAAGGUAUAUACUAGGCACUGAAUGUAGACUUGUCAGCUUCCUUUCUUAUUCUCUGACCUUGAAAACAACAAUGUUGUUCAUCCAAACGAAGUGUUGAGAGCAAAGACAACAACGAUAUGCAAAAACAUUGGUUUUCAUAAUAAUUUUGGUAAUUGAUUUGUCUCAAGUAACUGUCUAUAUUGGAAUAGUAAAAGUUUCUGUGCACAAUACUUCUCUCAAAAUUGCCAUUCUCAAUGUGUAUUUCUUUGAAACAAUUGUGAAUUAGAUUUGACACUGCCAUCACCAAUACUUCUUUAAUAUCUUUCUUUAUUCAAUUUAUGACAGGAGUAUAAAGUAUUAUUAGGCUGAAUGAAAAUGCUUAGAAUGUAGAAUCAAAAAGCUCUGAUACUAACAAUGCAUAUGGUGUAUAUUAUAAUGUACUUGUACAUUAUGGUAGUAGGAGUGGUAGAUAAACAGAACAGUCUGUUUAAGUGUCGGGAUAUAGAAAUAGGAUUGUAGACCUACAUGUUUAACAGUAUAGACUUCUAGAACUGUGAUUGUAGGCUCACAGUAGAAGUUAGAACAUACUUAGCAGCGUAGAUUGUUGUAGAACUGAGAUUGUAGGCUUACAGAGCAAGACAUUUACUAGUUUGAUACAAAACUGGAAUGGUACUACAAAGUAGUCUGCCAUAGAAUUAUGGUUGUAGCUGGUUGUACCUUGUAGAGUGUAACAAUAUACAAUGUAUCUCUAGCUCAUCAGCCAUGAAGAGAUGUGUACAUGACAUUAGAACUGUAUGUAGAUGAAACAUCAUGAACUGUAGACUUACAUGUAUAGAAUCAUGAUUGUAUAGUUUAACAGACCUGAUAAAACUUAACAGCUACACGUAUACUGUUGUAGCUGAAUUUGUAGAUUGGCAUAUGUAUGAUUGUAGAGAGGAUAGUGGUACAAAACCAGCACCAGUAUACAUGUAUACAAACUUGUAGAUUUAUACAGGACACACUUACUCAAUUGUAGAUUCUUGCAGAACUGUAUAUUGCUAUUGUGUAUAGUUAAACUUUGUAAACUAGGGUCACUAUGCACUUCAAAUAGCACAUAACAGUCAGUCAAAUUCACUCUCUUCACACUAUUAUAUCAGACUACAUGUACUGUAUACCUAUUUAUGUGUAAAGUUUUGCGUUGGGAUACUGUAUGUCAUAGGAAGCAUGUUAGAACUCAGCCAGUAUAUGUUGAUGGCUUGUAAAGAUGUUAUACGCAAUAUAUGAAUACUUGCCAGUCACAG